UGGUUAGCGAUUGAUUAACAUAAGAACGACGGGAGUAACAAGCCAACGGCCAAAAAAACCAGAACAGCGGCCGACGCAUUAGCUGUAUCCACAUACACCGUAGGCUGCCUCUCGCCUUCGUUUUGACAGGGAGUAUUCAGGGAUUGUUAAAAAAACAGAAGAAGAUCUGCAACAGCCCAUGGUUGGACGACGUUCAUGACAAGAGAGAGAGAGAAAGAGAGAGAGAGAUCAGGAGGAAUGGAUUUCUCGACGGACAACCUGACCGGCGUCGUGUUGGCGCUCCUAUCGAGCGGGUUCAUCGGAGGUAGCUUCAUCAUCAAGAAGAAGGGCCUCCGGCGAGCUGCCGCCGUUUCUGGGGUGAGAGCUGGUGUUGGUGGGUAUGCGUAUCUGUUGGAGCCUCUGUGGUGGGUGGGCAUGAUCACGAUGAUUGUUGGAGAGGUUGCGAAUUUCAUAGCUUACGCGUUUGCCCCGGCGGUGCUCGUCACUCCUCUCGGUGCUUUAAGUAUAAUUGUCAGUGCCGUGCUGGCGCACUUCAUCUUGAAGGAGAAACUACACAAGCUGGGGAUCUUGGGCUGUGUGAUGUGCAUUGUUGGGUCUGUCAUAAUUGUCAUCCACGCACCACAAGAGCGUCCCAUCACUUCUGUUCAAGAAAUAUGGAUUAUGGCGACUCAAACAGCUUUUCUGCUCUACGUCGGCUCAGUAAUCAUGCUGGUAUUCGUCCUGGUUUUACAUUUUUCACCUAGAUGUGGGCACACGAAUGUGCUAGUUUACACUGGCAUCUGCUCGUUAAUGGGCUCUCUCUCGGUGAUGAGUGUGAAAGCCCUUGGGACUUCUUUGAAGUUGACUUUUGAGGGGAAGAAUCAGUUGAUCUAUCCAGAGACUUGGUUUUUUAUGUUGGUGGUGGCUACAUGUGUUAUUACCCAAAUGAAUUAUCUCAAUAAGGCACUGGACACAUUCAACACUGCAAUUGUGUCGCCUAUCUACUAUGUUAUGUUCACGACCCUUACAAUCCUUGCCAGCGUUAUAAUGUUUAAGGACUGGGAUGGUCAGAGCGGUGGGGACAUCAUUUCAGAGAUAUGUGGUUUCAUCGUUGUGCUCUCUGGGACCAUAUUGUUGCACACAACCAAGGAUUUCGAAAGGAGUUCGUCCUUCAGAGGUAACUUUGCGCCCGUGUCGUCUACCCUAUCGACCCGGCUCUGCAGCGGAAACGGCGAUUCCAAAUAUGACGAGGAAGGGGCACCACCACCCGAGGAAGUUUGCAUGAGAAGACAAUAGCGGUACUUCUUAGAUGGUUUCUCGAGAAGAAAUAAUGGUCACUUCACUUCAAAUUUACAAACUAAGCGGGAGGUAAGAUGUACGGAAUGCCCGUGAUGAUUCUUGCUCCAAUUGCAUCCGAAUUCCAAAACAUGCCGAGCCACCACGCGGCGCCCCUCAGCUCUCAGGUGUGGAUUAGGUUUACUAAUGAUACUGCAGUUGUGGAGGCUUGUACAGCCAGUGAGUGAAGUGAAGGAAGCAAGAUGUCGAAAAGAGUUGGGAUCUUCAAGGCGAUGCAAAAGCACACAUUGUCAUUCAUCGGACGAGCCGAGUCUAAUCCUCAAGCAGAACACGGAGCUGUCUCGAGCCCCGAGCGAACGGCGGUCGCUCUCGCACGAACCUUUUCUCGGGCACGCCCCCGGUAUUGGGAAAAAAGCAACGACACUAUGUGAAUGAAUGCCAGUUAGCUAUUCUUUUCCUCCAGCAGAUGACAGGGUGUUUUUGUUAGAUGGAUUGAGAUUGAUUCGUGUGGAUAGAGAAUUCUUUUCAAGAUCGAGGUAGCUUGCCUUGUAAGUUCCAGCAAAUGCUUCUAAUCUGUUGUCCGCGAGGGCCCAGCGGAAGCGCGAUCGCUGGAUUU